AUGGAUAACUGUGAGGAGCUUAUGCCCAAGUACCUUGGAUUUGUGAAAAGUGUUGUGGACUCUGAUUAUUUGUAUCUCAACAUCUCUUGUAAGAUGCUACAACAGGACAAGAUUCUCAAGGUGAUUUGUAAGAACCUUGUGAAGAAAUGUAUUGAGAUGGUCAAUGAAAUUGCUGAGACCAAGGAAGAUCAACUCGUUGAUAUAUUUACCAAAGCUCUUCCCAAAUUCAGAUUUGAAACUCUUCGUGACCAACUUGCAAUCUACAACAUCAGGUACUCAUGGCGCCACCAAAUGGUCUAUUUAGCUGAACGUGGCUACCGUGCCGUGGCACCAGACUUAAGGGUUUAUGGAGAUACUACAGGUGCACCUGUUAAUGACAUUUCAAAGCUUAGUCUCUUUCACCUCGUGGGUGAUCUUAUCACACUGCUUGAAGCCAUAGAUCCAAAUGAAGAUAACGUGUUUGUUGUUGCUCAUGACUGGGGUGCCAUAAUUGCUUGGCAUUUAUGCCUUUUUAGGCCAGACAAAGUUAACGCAUUGGUGAAUUCGAGUGUCCAUUUUUUCCCAAGGAACCCACACAUGAAUCUGGUGGAGGGGUUUAAGGCUUUAUAUGGUGAAGAUCAUUGUAUCUCGAGAUUUCAGGUACCAGGCGAAAUUGAAGCUGAAUUUGCUCCAUAUGGUGCUAAGGCUGUUCUUAAGAAAUUUUUGACAUACCGUGAUCCUGCACCAUUUUAUUUUCCUGAAGGCAAAGGCCUUGACGCUAUCCCUGAUGCUCCCGCUGCCCUUUCAUCUUGGCUGUCUGAGGAAGAGUUGGAUUACUAUGCUAGCAAGUUUGAGAAGACUGGUUUCACUGGUCCAAUCAACUAU